AAAGCUUUGCUGCCUGCCCCCCCUUCUCUCUCUCUCUCUCUGUGUUUUCCCCGAACACCACUUUCGAUGCUGCAAACGCAACCACCACCAUAAAACGAAGCGAAAUUUUAUUAAAGCUCUCUUUAUUUCACUCAUAUCCUCACGUUACCCUCUGCUCCUCUCUCACUACUUUCUGGUAUAAAACCCAUCAAAGCCCUGCAUUAACCAAAUCCCUUAUCGCUUAACCCUCUCUGUCUCUCUCUUUCCCUGCACCAUGGAAACUCUCCAUUUCCUCAAGUUCUGGAAACCCAACAAUGCCUCCACCAUUGCAGUUCCAAGUCCUUUAGUUGAAACAGACCAUGAGGUUGAAGAAGAAGAAGAAGACUCAUUCUUCGACUUGGAAUUAAGUUUCCCUAUCAUGAACAAAAACGACGCAAGCAAGGCUUGCACAGAUGAUGCAACCCAGCAGGAAAGUAACAGGCUUGAUUCCAUUCCAAAAUCAAACAACUCAGCCAAAAAAGCCGGCUGUACCGAACCCUGUAUUUCCAAAUCGCCCCUUUCUCUGUCGCCUUCUGAUCCAAUUUCCAAAAGGAAAAUCCUCCCCAUUGAGCCCAUUUUCAAGCCUCAAUCCCCAAUUGCUCUCCUUAAAUCGGCUCCAAAGUUUGGAGCUUUCAUGUUGAAGAAGCCCAAAGCAACAAAAACAACAGCGAAGAAAACAGGGGAAGCAGAGUCCAAAGUUUUGAUGGAGACCCAGAAGCAGAAAAGCAAAGAAGGCAACCUCUUCGGUGUGAAACUUCUCAAUAGUGAAGAACAUCAAAACCCUUCUAAGCUCACCAGAGAAAACAGUUCCAGGAGGAACGGAAGCAGGCAACAGAACCAGAGCUCAGAAGACUCCAAAACAGAGCGAUUCUCGAAAGAUAUGAUACAAAAGUACCUGAACCUAAUCAAGCCACUUUAUAUGAAGGUUUCCAAAAAGUGCAGUGAGAAGGUGAAGCCUUCUGGUAAUAUUCCAAUGUCAUCGCCGAAUUGUUCUCCUGCUAUGUCGGUAUUAUCUAUGUGUUCGCCCAAGAAGGAGAAGCAGGGGAAUAUUCCUGCCGGAAUUAGAGUUGUUUGUAAGAACUUGGGGAAGAGCAAAUCGGCCACGACGAUGGCAGUGGCGCCACAGGUGAAACGGAGAGACGAUUCUCUGUUGCUGCAGCAUGAUGGGAUUCAGAGUGCCAUUCUACAUUGCAAGAGAUCAUUCAAUUCUAGAGAUUCUUCCUCGUUAUCAAGGUCAGCCAGUGAUUCUUCAUCCAUGAACUCGUACUCUACUGAUUCUUCUCUGUUAUCACGGUUUGCAAGUGAAUCCCACGACAGAUCAGCGAGAAGCUCCAUUGAGGAAGGGGUUUGUGCUGAAAUUUGAAGCUUUGUUAAUUGAUUUUUGAGAGAUAAAACGCGGGGAAAAACAGAACCGGAUGACGAGGGCUCUGUUCUUUUUGUGUGUUCUACGUGCUUCUGUAAAAACAAAGGAAAAAAGAAAAUUUGAGCUAGGGUAGGGUUAUUUUUGAUAUUUUAGCUUCAGCUAUGUAUGAUGAGACCAGUGAAACCAUAGGUUCACCUGUUGUUGUCUGUAAAGUGAUGGGUCAUUAUGAAAAACUGAAGAAAAACUCCGAUAUGAUAUCUUUUUGUGGUUUUGUGUAUCUAUCAGUGUGCCCUUGUCUCUGCUCUCAAGCGGCAUAGCAUCAUGUUGCCUUUGAAUGUAUGGGAGAAAUCUGUAUAAAUCAAUCAAACCGUAUGUGACAUUA